AUGAGGCACUUUCUGCUGUAUGUGCUGUUACUCUGUCAUGUUGCCGAUGUAGUCACUGCAAGAGAUUGUACACUUCCCGAUGGCCUGAUUAAUAUGUCAACUGGCAUGGUGACAGAACAGAGCUCAGUGAAGGGGAGUGGUAGAUCGGAAAAGGCGGUCGACGACAACAGAAACAGUGUAUUUAACCAGAAAUCAUGCACGAUGACACUUAAAGAGUUCCAACCCUGGUGGCGAGUUGAUUUGGGAGCGACCAGGUCCGUGUAUAAGGUUACUAUUACAAAUAGACAAGACUGCUGUGCGACCAGGUUGAAGAAAGCUGAGAUUCACAUCGGGGACAGUGAAAAUUUUGAUGAAAAUCCCCGAUGUGGCAAACGGGUGUCCAGGAAAAUGUCUGAAAAUGAAACGAUCGAUAUUGCAUGCAAAUGUGGGAAGCCAAUGACAGGACGCUACGUCUCAAUUCGACUACAAAACAUGACACAAGCGUUGACUCUCUGUGAAGUUGAUGUCUGGGCUUUAGAAGAAGUUAUACACUUACCGGAAAUCUGCAUAGUUCCGGAUGAUUUGAUUAGUGUAUCCACUGGUAUGAUGGCAAAUCAGAGUUCAACAAAGGGUAGGUUUGGGGCAGAGAAGGCAGUAGACGACAACAGAAAUAGUUCUUUUGCAAUGAAAUCUUGCACAAAGACGAUUAAAGAAUUCCAGCCGUGGUGGAGUGUGGAUCUCAUGGAGUCUCGAGAGAUUUACAAGGUCGUUAUCACUAACAGGCAGGACUGCUGUGCGGCUAAGUUGAAGAACGCCGAAGUUCGAGUCGGAGACAGUAUUAACUUUGACGACAACGCUUUGUGCGGUACAAGGGUUUCUAGAAAAGUGGCUUUACAAGAAACCAUUGAGUUUGUCUGUGCCUGUGAUGAACCACUCGUAGGGCGCUACGUCAUCAUUCGACUACAGGAAAGUACGCAGAUUCUGACACUGUGCGAGGUAGAUGUGAUGACAUUACCAAUACCCCCGACUCGUCCGCCAUUUUUGGCAAACAUAGCAUAUAGAAAACCAACCUAUCAGAGCUCAACGAUCUGGCAUGCUAAUUCCACCCGAGCCGUAGAUGGCGAUAUUGAUGGUGUAUUCUGUCAUGGAUCCUGUACAUUGACGAAGACACAGUUUAAUCCUUGGUGGAUAGUGGACUUGAUGAUACCCAGGCUGAUCUUUGACAUCGCAAUACACAACAGAGAAGAUUGCUGUGACACAAGAUUGAUAGGUGCCACAGUUCGUGCUGGAAACAGUGGUGUCAACUUUCUGGAUAAUCCAGUGUGUGCCGUCAUCACAGAAGAGAUGAUUACCAACGGUCCCAUGAUUCCAGUCGACUGUGAUUCUUUGGGUAGUGACUUUAAGGCCCGCUAUGUAAGCAUCGACAGGGACGGAACAAGGACCGCUUUGUCGCUAUGCGAGGUUGAAGUGUACUCCUAUUUUGAAAGCAUCGAUACGCUUGAAGAACAGCCGAAUCCACCAGUGUGCCAAGUCCCCGAAGACCUGAUAAAUAUUGCUUUCAAGAUGCAAACUUCGCAGAUCUCAAAAAAAGGGGGUGCGAAAUCCCUGAGAGCAGUGGACGGUGUAAAAACUAUUGAUUUAUCAGUUGGGAAGUCGUGUUCUCAGACUCAACUUGAGGUAGAACCUUGGUGGCGUGUUGAUCUUGGCGAAUCGUAUGACGUAUAUCGAGUCGAUAUUACGAAUAGAUUGGACAGUGAUGCUGAAUCAUUGAUAAACGCCGAAGUAAGAGUUGGGAACAGUGAAAUUAUGUAUGAAAACUCCGUGUGUGGUGAUAUGAUACCAGAAGAUGUGGUGUACGAUAACCCUAUAGGUGUCAUCUGCGCAUGCGGAUUGCCUCUGUCCGGACAGUACGUCACAAUACAGUUGGUUGGUAUGACGGAAAUAUUGACGCUUUGCGAAGUGGAAGUGAUGGUACCGCUGACCCUUGACCCCUCAGACUGUCCUAUCGCACCGGGUGUAAUGAAUAUAGCCACGCACAUGCCUGUAGCACAGAGUUCGAUGAAAAGAGGCGGCCGGGCGGAACGUGCUGUAGACGGGGAUAAAAACGCCAUCUACACUGGAGGAUCUUGCACGAUGACAGCGAAGGAGUACGAGCCGUGGUGGUACGUGGACUUGACUGAAUCGAGAGAUGUGUAUGGUGUUACAAUAACAAACAGGGAAGACUGCUGUGCUGGAAGAUUGAAAAACGCCGAGAUACGUGUCGGCGAUAGCCUGGAUUUCACUACCAAUACCCAGUGUGGUAUUAAACGGAUCAGCGGCAAAGAAACGAGAGUUCCUACCGUCCGACAGGCAUGUAGCUGUGGGUUACCUGUCACUGGUAGAUACGUUAGUAUACAAAUAAUGGAAAGGGAGCAGACAUUAUCGCUAUGUGAAGUUGAGGUAUGGUCAGUAGAACGAGUCACAGCCAUACCGCCCAUUACGUUCACGUUUGGACCUCUAUACACGACAGUGGAACCAUGUGCUGUACCAGAAGGUUUGACAAACAUUGCAACUGGACACAUGGUUAUACAAAGCUCGACGCAACGCAAUGGGGUAGCGGAGCGUGCCAUCGACGGCAAUACAAACAAUGACUUCGCGGGAGGGUCCUGUACCAUGACUAGUAAGGAAUUCCAACCUUGGUGGAAGAUUGAUCUCGGAGUUUCUCGGGAGAUAUACCAUGUGACCAUCGCUAACAGAAUGGAUUGCUGUAAUUUUCGUGUGAGAAAAAGUGAAGUGCGCGUUGGUGACAAUGAAGAUUUUACCCAGAAUGCAUUGUGUGGCCCUCGGCCAAUCACAGGAAGAAUGGCAAGAAACGAAACCAUCAACGUUGUCUGUGGAUGCGGGGAACCAAUCACGGGACGCUACGUCAGUAUACAAAUAUUUAACAAGACUCAGAUAUUGACUCUGUGUGAGGUGGAGAUUUAUGCGUUCUCCGGAACAGGGAAUUUAACAUUGAGUGAACAAUGGACGACUGUUCCAAUGACGUCAUUGCCGUUCACAACUGGGCCAGGAUUCACGACUCUGAUACCAUGCAUCGAGCCAGUAGGAUUACUAAAUACCACCAAAGGUGUAGGAGCAAUUCAGAGUUCGACCAGGCGUGGAGCUAAGGCAGGCAGAGCAGUGGAUAGUGGAUACAGCAGCGACUUCGCUGACUUAACGUGCACACACACUGCGAAGGAAUGGGAGCCAUGGUGGAUGGUGGAUUUGGGAGGCCCACUAGAGGUGUAUAAAGUUUCUAUCACAAAUCGGAUGGACUGUUGCUCUUUUCGAUUGAGAGGUUCCGAAAUACGCGUUGGGAACAGUCUUAGCAUUGCUGAAAACACCAUGUGUGGGAAGCGACCACUAUCACGUAGAAGCACACGGGCUGAGACGAUUGACCAGGUGUGUAACUGUACAGGAAUACCGAUUGAAGGGCGAUACGUGAGCGUACAAAUAAAGGGGGCAAGGCAGGUACUGAAUUUGUGUGAAGUGGAUAUAUGGAUGCUCGAGCCUGGACAUUAUACUGAGAAAGUAUGUACUAUCCCCAACGAUGUCCAGAAUGUCGCCCUCGGCAAACUUGUUCAGCAGAGCUCCAUCAAGAAUGGAGGUGAACCCGAACGAGCCGUUGACGGUAACAAGAACAGUAACUUUGAUGGAAAUUCGUGCUCUCUGACUAAGCCUUUCAAACUUGCAAAUGUAGAAGUUCAUGUCGGCGAUAGUGAGGUCAUGGAUGAGAAUCCUAUCUGUGGGACUCGAAUGUCUAAGGACGAAGUCUUGUUCGAAACGAUCAACAUACCUUGCGGUUGUUCGGAAUACAUCACGGGACGAUACGUCAGCCUGCAGUUGAAGGAUGUUGUUAAAGAGUUGUGUCUUUGUGAGGUAGAGAUUUUCGCUACGCCAUAG